UGUCAGCUCCUGCACACUGCUGUGUAUGGCUCUGCAUAGCAGAGCCAUACACAGCAGUGUGCUUACAGUGAAGCAAACACACAGGACAUAAUGUAAAACAGCACACGAUGUUAACCCCUUCCUGCCCAGGGCCAUUAGUACAGUGUCAAUGCUUUUUAUUAGCACUGAUCACUGUAUUGGUGUCACUGGGGAUGUCAGUGACACCAAGUCAGUUGCCCUCAGUGUCAAAAUGCCAGCCACAGUCCGGAAGUACCGCUAUAAGUCACUGAUCACAUUAGUGGUAAAAAAAAAAAAAAAUUCCAGUAUAUAUACUGCCAAAUGCUAUAACUUUCACGUAAACCAAAAAAGU